AUGGCAGGGUUUCAAUCUCUUUCAAUAGCAUUUUUGGUGUGUGUGAUUGUGUCUAAUCACAUGGUAGUUGAUGCCAUGACGUCAAAAAACAUGGCCCUUUUCUGGGGAAAUAGUCAGUCCAAAAUAGAAGGGGACGACCUUCAGCUUGUUCUGGACCAAAGCUCAGGCUCGGGGGCAAAGUCAAAGAGAUAUUUCCUUUUUGGAAGCUUUGAAGCUCAGAUCAAGUUCGUUCCAGGAGAUUCUGCGGGAUUACCAAUCUACAUAGAUUACACAGAGUUUUUCUGGUGCUUAUUCUUCAUCUUAAAAUUUUUGCAGCUAUCUUCUGAAGGUAGCAAUCAUGAUGAGGUAGACUUUGAGUUCUUGGGGAAUGCCACUGGAGAGCCUUAUACCAUUCAUACAAACAUAUUCGUUCAGGGUGUGGGAGACAGAGAACAGCAGUUUCGACCGUGGUUCGACCCCGCUGCUGAUUUCCACAACUACACAAUUCACUGGAAUCCUAAUGCUGUUGUGUGGUAUAUUGAUAGUAUUCCAAUUAGAAUUUUCCGGAACUACGAGAAUGCCCCGAAGCAAAAAACAGCCUUCCCUAACAAGCAAGGUAUGAGGUUAUAUACCAGUUUGUGGAAUGCACAGGAUUGGGCAACUCAAGGAGGGCGCGUGAAAACCAACUGGGCCAGCGCACCGUUCACGGCUAGCUUUCGCCGCUUUAGGCCAAGAGCUUGUCCCUGGAAUGGAGAGGUCAGCAUUAGCCAAUGUGCCUCCAACUCCCCAACAAACUGGUGGACUUCUCCAAUUCAUGCACAGCUAAGUGCUUCUCAGUCCACCAAGCUUAGGGAAAUCCGCGAGAAAUACAUGAUAUAUGAUUACUGCUUAGACCCUACACGUAGACCCAACGGGGUACUGCCACCAGAAUGCUAACACAAACACAAGCACUGCUACCAGCAAUAAAACUAUCGCACUGCAGUAUCAAAAGGGUCUAAGCAGUUCAUGCACAGCUAAGUGCUUCUCCGUCGACCAAGCUUAGGGAAAUCCGCCAGAAAUACAUGAUAUAUGAUUACUGCUUAGACCCUACACGGAGACGAUCCAACGGGGUACUGCCACCAGAAUGU